GAAGGAGAAAGACAGAGAAUGACGACUCAGUUCAAAUGGAUUAAAUUCUUUUCAUCAGUUUUACUAAUGCUUCAAGUAACAGCAGCAGCAGUUGAACACUCUGAGUUUAUUAUCAGGGAUGGAGGUGAGGUCACUUUGUCAUGUGAAAAUUUGAAAGAUGAUCGAGAUAAAUGUAACAGAACUACCUGGCUCUUCACUAAAUCAAAAACAUCAGCAGCAAUAACACAGUUUGAAUACGGGAAGAUUCACCGAGAGGCCAAAAAUAAAUCAGACAGACUGAGUGUUACAGCAAACUGUUCUCUGGUUAUAAAGAAGCUCACAGCUGAGGAUGUUGGUCAGUACAUCUGCAGAAGGUUCAGCAAAUCAGGACAACGAGAAGGUCCAGACUCUGUAGCUGAGCUGUCUGUUGUUAACAUAACUGAAUAUAAGGAUGACAACACAGUGACAUUAAACUGCUCUGUGUCCACAUAUGAAGAAUGCAAAUACACUGUGAAGUGGCUCUAUGGUAACAAAGACCUGGGGAUGUCAGUGUCUACCUGCUCAGCCAGUGUGAUCUUUACAACAUCUGAUCAUAUUUACACAUCCAAGAGUUCUGAGAUGUUGAAGUGCCAAGUGACACAUGAUAGAAACAUGCAGGAGUUUAUCUUCAGGAUUCAAUCAUCUGAUCAGGAAACAGGAUGGUGGAUGUUUAUUGUUGCACCGCUGGGGUUAUUAGCACUGAUAGCCAUCAGUGCUGUUAUAGCCAUCAGAUGGAAGAGAGCUAAAGGAAAAAAAAUGGAGACUAAUGAAAAUCCUGAACUGAAUUUAAACCCUGCAGUGACUCCGUCUGCUCCAGGAACCACUCAGGACUCUGCUGAACCUGAAUACGCUGUUGCCUACGCCUCCAUCAGCUACACCAACACCACCAGUAAAGCUCAGGGUCGAGACAAAAAUGAAGGUGAGAGAGUUACGUACUCCACUGUGAAAGCUUCCUCCAUGGAUCCCAGCAACCUCUAUGAUACCAUCAAGUAAACAAAAAGCUUCUCACCUAAAAGAACUGUUGGGUUGCUCAGUUGAAAUAAAUAGAAAGCUGGCACGACAAUUAAACAAACAUAUUGUUACAUACAUUUAUUACAGUAUGUUGUGAUGCCAUCUGCAGGUGAAAUGACAUAGUUGUUAGGGAGUUGAUGCCACAUCAGAUUUGGCAGUGAUGGAGGGAAAGUUUAUCUUGUCUAUAUAUAUUCUCAACUUUGAUUUCUGGUUUUUUUUUUCAUAUUUGUCACAUUUACAUGUGUACAAUAAUAAUAAUAAUAAUAAUAAUAAUAAUAAUAAUAAUAAUAAUAAUAAUAAUAAUAAUAAUAAUGAUGAUGAUGAUGAU